AUGACCUCCUCUCCAGAAGAAGAAGACCUCCCCUCCACCAUCCGCAUCAUCUCCCUCAACUGCUGGGGCCUAAAAUUCAUCUCCAAAUUUCGCCACGAACGCCUCCUCGAAAUCGGCCACCAAAUCGCCACCGCCUCUCCCCAACCCCAAAUCGUCGGACUCCAAGAAUGCUGGACUCAAGAAGACUUUCUCGCCAUUCAGUCCCAAACUCAACACAUCCUCCCAUAUUCCAAAUUCUACUGGUCCGGAAUCUUCGGCGGCGGUUUAGCAAUUUUAUCGCGAUGGCCUAUUGAAGAAACUUCUAUGGUGAGGUAUCCUUUAAAUGGAAGACCUGCUGCUUUUUGGAGAGGGGAUUGGUAUGUUGGAAAGGGAGUAGCUUGUGCGAGGGUGAGGUUUGGGAAACAUGAAAAGGAGGUGGUGGAGGUUUUUGGAACGCAUUUACAUGCUCCUUAUGAGAAAGAGCCGAAUGAUAGUUAUAUUUGUCAUCGGACGGCGCAGGCUUGGGAAAUUGCGAAGUUGAUGCGUCAUGCGAGGGAACGGGGACAUGUGGUGGUGGGGUUGGGGGAUUUUAAUAUGGUGCCGGGGAGUUUGGCGUGGAGGAUUGUGGAGGGGUUUGGUGGCGGGGUUAGGGAUGUUUGGAGGGUUGUGUGGCCGGAGAGUUUGGAGGGGAGUGCGGAGCUUGCGGGGAAUGGGAGGGUGCCGAGUGCGAAGGAGUGUUUGGAUGUUCAUGGGGCGACUUGUGAUUCUAAGUUUAAUACUUGGAGGUGGAGUGAGCAGAUGCGGAAGGAUUUGCAUCGGGGGAAAGAGGUUAAGGAGACGGAUCCUGAGGAGGAGGAUUUGAAGGCGAAGAGGUUGGAUUAUAUUUUCUUUGCGGAUAAUGCUGCUCAGACGGGGUAUGGAUGGGAGAUUCAGGACGUGGAAGUUGGGAUGAGGAUGCGACAUCCGACCUUGAAGUGUUCGCUGAGUGAUCACUUUUCGAUUGAAACGACGUUGGUUCGGAAACAGCAAUCCACAACAACGACAACGGCGAAACCGACACCGCUUGUCAAGCACCUCCCUCAAGCAACAUACGCUUUGAUCCAAGACAUGAUCGCCUCGUACGACCUCCGGGAACGCAAACAACGCAAAUGGCGAAUUGCACACUUCUUCGCCUCUUUCUCCAUUUCCAUCGGCUGUCUCAUCGCUGUCUGGUGGUCGCCGCGAAAUUACGUCGCUUUCCUCCUCAUGCUUCUCAGCACAUUAGGUCUCAGCACAGGAGUCAUCGAUGGACUAAUGGGUUUCUUGUUCGUGGGAAGUGAGCUCCGCGCUUUACGUGAAUUCAAAUACGAGAUCGAUCUUGCAGCCGAACAAGCGCGAGAGCGAGAGGAGACAUCAUCAACGAGGGGGGAUAGUAAUGUCGAUGGAGGAGUAAGAACGGAGAGCAGUGCGCAACUUCUAGAGAGUGAAGUCACAGAUAGGGAAGAGAUACAAAAAGAAACAGGCAUCGAGAGGAGACGAUAG